AUGGCCGCCGCCGCCCGCCUCCCCGCCCUCCUCCUCCUCCUCCUCGUCUUCGCCGCCCUCCCGGCCUCCGACGCCAUCUACUGCGACGAGGACGACUGCUACGACCUCCUCGGGGUGAAGCAGGAUGCCAACGCGUCGGAGAUCAAGAAGGCCUACUACAAGCUCUCCCUCAAACACCACCCGGACAAGAACCCCGACCCGGAGUCGCGCGCGCUCUUCGUCAAGGUCGCCAAUGCCUACGAGAUACUGAAAGAUGAAGAAACUAGAGAGAAGUAUGACUAUGCUGUUGCACAUCCAGAGGAGUUCUUCUACAACACUGCUCAAUACUAUAGGGCUUACUACGGAUAUAAAACGGAUACUCGUUCUGUGUUGAUUGGCCUUCUUUUAAUCGUGUCAGCAUUCCAAUACAUAAACCAGUUGACAUCGUACAGUCAGGCCAUCGAAAGUGUGAAGCAAACUCCUGCCUACAGAAAUAGGUUAAAAGCAUUGGAGUUUGAGCGAACAGGAGGAAUUUCAAGCAAAAAAAAGGGCAACAAGCCCAUGGAUAAAAAGGUGGAAGAUGAGCUUAGAAAUGAAGUCGACUUGCAAAUUCAGGGAGUUCAGAAACCUUCUGUGUGGAAUCUCUGUGGUGUCCAAUUGAUACUUCUGCCUUACUUAAUUGGCAAGGUCAGUUCAUCUCUGGUAGACUGUCUUGAACAGAGUAAAUUGCAAAUGCUGCUUAUUUGGCAAAUUUGUUGGUUUUGGAGAUACCGGGUAAAGAAAUCACCAUAUGCAUGGGAGGAUGCUUGCUAUUUGACCCGGACAUCCCUUAGGAUGCCUGCUAACACAUGGCAAAAUAUUGAUGAGUUUACGAAGGAGGAUCUCGUCAUGAAGCGCCUCUGGGAGAAGGCCAACAUGGAGAGGCACAUAGCGGAGGCGAGAAGAGGGUCGAAGCAGCGUAGAAGAUAG